UCCUCCUCCAGGAAGGCCUCCGGGAUUGCACCCUUCCCAGUCCCCGGGAUCCGGCCGACAUGCCCCUGAGGUGCAAGGGGCUGAGCGAAUACCAGAGAAACUUCCUGUGGGAGAAAUCCCGUCCGUCUGAGAACGGUAAUUCUUUGAAGCCGAAAAAAUGCCAGUGGGCCGGACUCCGAUCGGAUCAGUUAGGAAUCACCAGGGAGCCCGGCUUUAUUUCCAAGCGGCGCGUCCCUUAUUACAACCCCGAGAUCGCCAAGUCCUUGGAGUGGAAAGAGGACGACGUCUCGGACAGCGAUGGCCCAGAACGGCGCGAACCCAACAUACCGCCACUCCUACAGUUGCCCGGGACGAGCGAGGAAGAAGAUGGGGGCCAUGAACGGCUGGAAACCACCGUGGUCCCCAAGGCUCCCAGGAGAAACAGAUCUCUCUCUGCGGACUCGAGGAUUGAAAGCCCCCGCGACCCCACGGGAAACAAGCAAGCCCCUCCGCAGCCCGCCUCCGCCAAGAGGAAGGACACAUUCGAACCCUCCAAAAGGGAGGCAAGAAACGUGGAUGAAGGGCUGGCCAGAGUGCUGAAGAAGCGAUCCGGAUUAAACGUCGCUCCCCUGUCUCACGCGCUUAGAAAUUCUGAGUACCAAAGGCAGUUUGUGUGGAAAACCUGCAAGGAGCCUUCUCCAAUGCUUGCUGCUGAGCAGAUUUUUCACCGAAAUCGAUCGGUCCUGCCACACAAAAUCGAUGCACCUGUUCCAGAAACCGAGUAUUCGAGAAAUUUCAGGGGUUCAUCUCCAGUAAAGGAGACCCGACUCAAGUGUGAUUUGGAGGAGAAGAGAAAUCCCGAGAACAAAUCCUUGGGAAAAAAAAGUCAGACGGAAGACGGGUCCGUGGAGCAAGGACGAGCAGAAACGGAGGCAAAGGAGCCUAGCCAACCAAAACAUAAAGUUACUCCCUGGAAACUCAAACGGCUUGGGAAGGAGAACACGGAGUACGGAUCCAAAUUUUUAUCCCCAGCUCUCUACUUCUACCAAGACGGGGCUUGGAUCCGGGCGAAGGGAAAGGCGACGGACCAAGGUUUUCAAGGCACCUUAAAUUCCAUGUGGUAUAAUGAGGUGAGAGAACUCCGGGAGAAAGCCGAGGCUUAUAGGAAACGAGGACAGGGAACCCAUUUCUCCCGGGAUCACCUGAACCAGAUUCUCUCAGAGAACAAUCGCCUCUGGGAUGUGUCUUCCUCCUCUAGCUCCGAAGAGACCAUCAGCAACAACAUCAGAGCCCUAGAUCUUGCCGGGCUUUCUCCACACCAGGGGUCCGCUGCAGAAGAAGAAAGGACGGCUUCCGAGGAAGCCAAGGCGCGGAAUUCGACGGGAAAGUUGGGCCCGUCGGAAGCCGCCACUGUCCCGUCUAGACGGAGGUUAGCCUGGAGUGCGGGUGACGGUGAAAGGGUGCCGCACCACUCACCAGUCGACGGAGAAGAAGAGGAAAAUAAAAAAGAAGGCGUCGAGGAGGUGGAACGUUUGGGAGAAAAGGAUCGAAACGCUCAGACAGACGAUACCAAGGAAGACGGAGAGAAUGCUUCACUCCACAGUGCUGGGCUAGAUAGAUCAGAUUCUCCUUCUGUAUCCUCAGGAAAAGGGGGCAGACUUCCGACUCCGAAGCUCAAAGACCUCGGGGGACCUCAAAGAACGCAUCAUGACCUUACUACUCCAGCCGUCGGAGGUGCAGUUCUCGUGUCGCCGACCAAGCGGAAGCCUUCCUACCCAGAGCCCAGGAAAGACGCGUCCAUUUUUGACCUCUCGGGAAGCAGUUCAAAGAGCAAGCUCAGCAGGAAAGAAAACGUCUUGGUAGCCGCUUCUCCAACUGCCGGGGUGAAAACAGUGGAUCCCCUUCCCCUGAGGGAGGAGGUCGAGGCACCCGGGUCCGCCGAAGCCCCUCUGCCCACCUCAAGACCGCCGGCCCCCCGGGCUCCGUCUCCCCGGCAUCCAUCUCGACGCAUCCGAGGGUCCCUUCGGGAUCCGGAGUUUCAACACAACGGAAAUCUUAUGAGUCCAAGGAUACCCUCCCAUUUCCAGUUACCACGGCGUGACGAACCUUGUAACGAUGAAGAUGACAGAUUGUCCCAGAUCUCUGCUCACUCUGCAGCUUCUAGCCUUCUGGCUCUUCAGACUCUGGCUCGGGCUCAGAGAAGGAAAGAAGGUUUUUGGAACAAAAAAUAAUGAUUUGUACACCUGGAUUUUUUUUUUUGGAUACUGUUUGUACGGUAUUUUUUUAAUCCAAGGAAUUUCAGGGUGUAGUAUUUUUUUUUCUGUAGGGGGGAUAUUCUUUUACAGUAAGCAUUUCAGUCUGCUCAACCUGUUAAAGAGUAUUCUUGGGACACACGGGGAGAUAUAGAUGCAUUUUCACUGGAAAGAAUUCCCAUUCCACUAGUAAAGAGUGGUGUACUACCAUAGAUUUGAGAUGUGGCAGUGAAUAUUCAGAACAGGUCACUAGGAAUUAAGGUGAAAAGGAAGAAAUGUGGUUGAAUUGUGUGUAAUUUUCUUUCCCUUUGCACUUAAAUUCUAAAUGUCAGAAAAUGAGCUUUUUGUCUAUACAACUUUCAGUUUUGGUUUUCCACUUUCUACUCUUCUGGUAGCAAAUACUGUUUUAUAAAUAAAGCUAAGUGUGAUG